UGAUCUGCGAAGGAGUCUUGCUCUACCGAUAUGUGGGGAGAAGAGGCUGUCAUAUGAUUGCGUGGGGAAGUCGCGUUAUCGGGAUCGACGGUCACUAGGGCAACCACGACGCAAACGGCUUAUUGCUCUAUGCAUAAGCUCCACCAUAGUCUGGCUUGUUGCACCGUCGCAGUCUGCUACUCCACCACAUCUCCACCCAAAGUCCAACGCGGUUACAAUGGAUCCUCCCACUCGCCCCUCGAGCUCGCUGUUCGACGUCUUCUUGCGCCUGCGCCCCUCGAUCAACGCCGGCGCAAGAUUCCUCAAUGUCGAGGAACGCGAGAACAGCCAUCCCACACACAUCACGAUAAGGCCACCUACACAAGACAACCGCAAGCGCGCGGUUGAGCGAUUCGCCUUCACACAGGUGUUCGAGGAAGAUGCGCGGCAAAUAGAGCUGUUCAAGAGCACAGGCAUUGUUCCUAUGGUCGAGGGUGUAUUGGGCGCACCAGGCCACCACGGACGGGAUGGAUUGCUCGCCACACUGGGCGUGUCUGGCUCGGGAAAGAGUCACACGAUUCUCGGAACAAAGUCUCAGCGCGGCUUGGUCCAGAUGUCUCUCGAUGUCCUGUUCCAGAGCUGCGAGGGACAGCUAGUGCAGUCCUUCUAUGGCGCACCUGCCUUCUCAUCUCUUGCGGCAGCAGACGUGUCUGAGGCGCACAUGUUCACAGCAACCGCCUACCUGGACUCCAUGUAUGGCGACAACCAGUCUGAACGGCCCCUGUCUCGAGCCCAGACUCCUUUGCCGGACUACAGCUCUUUCCUUAGUACAGGUGGCGCUCGAUCGCAUAAGAUCCCACGCCCUUCGACCCUACCACAAACGCCUUCCGUCGCCGACAUCGAUAUACCAACAGACUCAAGCGCUGAGUACGCUAUUGUAAUAUCCAUGUACGAAGUGUACAAUGACCGUAUCUUCGAUCUCCUGACUGGGAACGCGAUGAAGAAACAACGCCCUGACGUUAAGCGCCGAGCGUUGCUGUUCAAAAGCACUGAGCAAAGCCCUGAUCGAAAGGUCGUCGCCGGUCUCACAAAGAUCAUCUGCGGCAGCUUCGAGGAGGCUAUGAUGGUGCUCGAGACGGGUCUCAUGGAGCGCAAAGUCACAGGCACCGGCAGCAAUGCUGUCUCCUCCAGAAGUCACGGCUUCUUCUGUGUCGAUGUCAAGAAGCGAGACGCGCAGCACAACGGCCCUUGGUCAAGCAGCGCUCUCACCAUUGUUGACUUGGCUGGAUCUGAGCGUGCUCGAAAUGCAAAGACUGCUGGUGCUACACUCGCCGAAGCUGGCAAGAUUAACGAGUCUCUCAUGUAUCUUGGUCAGUGCAUGCAAAUGCAGUCUGACUACCAAGAGGGCUCAAAGACCGUCGUGCCCUUCCGCCAGUGUAAACUGACCGAGCUCCUCUUCUCGAACUCUUUUCCAAGCUCCACACGCCAAACACAUCUCCACCAUCAACCGCAAAAGUCUAUCAUGAUUGUCACAGCCGACCCACAAGGCGACUUCAACGCCACCUCCCAGAUCCUACGCUACUCCGCCCUCGCCCGCGAAGUAACAGUCCCUCGCAUCCCCUCCACAACCUCUGCCAUCCUCUCCAGCGCACACCUCAAGUCGCAGAGCAUGGCAGGUUCAUCAGGCCGCAACACGCCCUUCGGCGGACCCGAAGAGCUCGAAGCCUCCAAUACCGAAAUCGCAAGCCUAACCGCCGAAAUCGACGUCCUCGCCCUGCGUCUCACAGAAGAAACCUCGCGGCGAAAAGCUGCAGAGGCGUCCUGGCGCGCAGCAGAAGACCACAUGGUCGAUCUCGAGCAAGAAAUUCGCGACGAAUGUUAUCUCGAAAUGGAAGCAGCCGUCGACCAAGAGCGGAGACGCUGGCAGUCUGCAUUAGACAACGAGCAGGACAAUCAACAAGCACAUAUCGAUUCCAAGAUCGACGUCGUCAUCCGCGCGACAAAGGCACAGAUGAAGGACGAGAUCAAAGUAUACGAAGACCCGGAUCCGGAACUGAGGGACCGUAUCGAUGAGCUUGAGCGCGAUAACGAUAUGCUGAGGGCGAGACUGGAGGCGUUUGAGAGGGAGGCGCAUACUAGAUCUGCCAGUCCUAUCAAGAAGAUGAGGGUGCUUAAGACGAAGAAGUGGGUGGAUCCCGAUGGUCGAUUGGCUUUUGGGGACGACGAUUGAGAUGUUUGCGAGGGAUAGAUGAUUAUGUGGGAUGACUCUGCAUUGGGAGGCGUUUCUUUAUAUAAUCCUUGGAUAAUGCUGGGUCGGGUUGGUCUUUCCAACAUCUGCUUUUUUCUUGGUUAGCCAUCUGCUUUUGGAUGGGACGCGCUUGUUUAUUAUAUCCUCUUUUGCGUAUCUUCGAAAUGUCACAAUCAAUUUUCAACCUCCAUCCUCAUCUCACGAUGUUUCCUCUUAGAUGAAUGUGCAGUUGUUUUGUUUGUAGGGGAGGAAUUCCCAAUUGUAACAUUUGGUCCC